AUGCAACGCUCCUGCCAACUCUUCGAAUACACUCGCGGGCGCUUCCUCCUUGAUGAGGACAAGCAAUUGGCGCGUCGACGGGUGCAGUUCAGUCUGGAUGGGCUUGCAUCCGUCGCAGCGACGUCAGUUGGCGCUAAUCGCUGCGUUGACAUUGAGAAAUGCCCUGAUGGCUUGUACAAUAAGGCAUACCUACUUACCAUGGACAAUGGCAAGGAAGUUUUUGCCAAGAUUCCAAAUCCCAAUGCUGGCAUACCUUACUACACCACUGCGAGCGAAGUUGCAACAAUGGAUUUUGCGCGCAAUAUACUCUAG